UCGCAACAUUGACAAGGAUGCUCUUUUAUCAAGUAACCUGCUAAAACUGAUAGUCACGUCGUCCCAAGCACCAGUUCUUCCGCGUCGUUCGACGAAUAAGGGACAGGAUUUCAAACAAAAGUUAAUUAAUUGUGCAGACUUUUAAAUUUGUUACUGUGACAAUGUAUGCGCAAACACGAAAACAAACGUCAAACGCCGAGAAAGUGGCAGAUAGCAGCUCAUUGCUCAGCAGUUCACCUCCAGAUAAGCCGAAACUGAUCCAUGGCGGCAAUUACAUCAAAGAAGGCAGAGAUUCAGCUAAAAGCACUUGCUUAAUAUUUUCCCCGAGAGAAGAAGACGAAGUUGGAGCACUGGGAAAAUAUCUUCAGCUUUUCGUCAAACACAAAGUGAAUCUCUUGCACAUCGAGUCUAGAAGUUCUCUUCGACGACCAAAUGGCUAUGAGUUUAUGGUGGACUGUGCACCAGGUGGUAACAUAGCCUCUGUAAUUGAAUCUUUACGAGAUCAAUGCAACUACUUUUCAAUCAUUUCUAGAAAUCAUAAAGACAACAUGGAUACAGUACCAUGGUUUCCGAGAAGAAUACGCGAUCUUGAUAAAUUUGCUAAUCAAAUUCUGUCUUAUGGUGCCGAACUUGAUAGCGAUCAUCCUGGUUUCACGGAUCCCGUAUACAGAAAAAGAAGGAAAUAUUUCGCCGACAUUGCUUAUCAUUACAAACACGGACAACCUAUUCCAAAAGUAGAAUAUACGCCUGAAGAAAUAGCUACGUGGGGCAUAGUCUUCAGAAACUUGACUAAGCUUUAUCCAAAGUACGCGUGCAGAGAGCACAAUCACGUUUUUCCGCUGCUCAUCGAAAAUUGUGGCUACCGUGAAGAUAACAUACCUCAACUAGAAGAUAUAUCCAAUUUCUUGAAAGACUCUACCGGCUUUACACUUCGCCCAGUGGCAGGAUUGUUGUCUUCCCGUGACUUUCUGGCUGGAUUAGCUUUCAGGGUGUUCCACAGCACACAAUACAUACGACACAGCAGUAAACCACUUUACACACCGGAACCAGAUGUGUGCCACGAGAUUUUGGGCCAUGCACCACUCUUCGCUGACCCAUCUUUUGCCCAGUUUUCACAAGUUAUCGGUCUGGCAUCCCUUGGUGCUCCAGACGAUUAUAUAGAGAAACUUGCAACGUGUUUCUGGUUCACGGUGGAAUAUGGAAUUUGUCGACAAAAUGGAGAAUUAAAGGCCUACGGUGCCGGUUUACUCUCGUCUUUCGGCGAAUUGGAAUAUUGUUUGAGCGGCAAGCCAGAGCUUCGACCUUUCGACCCACCGAAGACUGCAAUGCAAAAAUACCCGAUAACGGAAUAUCAACCCGUAUACUUUGUUGCCGAGAACUUUGAAGAUGCAAAAGAAAAGAUGACGAAAUUCGCUCAAAGCAUACCAAGAAAAUUCGGAGUUAGGUAUGAUGCUUAUACGCAGAGCAUCAGCAUUAUCGACAGUAAACAACAAGUGGAAACUCUUGUAAAUAACGUGAAUCAAGAAGUACAAAUUUUGAUGGAUGCGUUAAGAAAAUUACGCCAUUAAAUUAAUGUUAUUCUACGCUAUUUCUACAUGAUAUAUUUUAAAAUACUAUCAUAAUUUAUAUAU